GGGCCAUUUUGUGUCUCGCUCGCGAUUUUAGAGCCUUGACAUUUGACAGCGCGUCUGUUAAACGCGGCGCAUGAACGCAAACUGUCAAAAACUGUCUGAUUUGUAUUCUUCUCCUUAUUUUGAAACCUGACACCGCUGAUGUUUCGGCGCCCAUAUCCUCCCAGUAGGUUGUGCGCUGCGCGGAGUGAUAUCCCAUUGGAACCGACAGUUUGAAGGCUGUGAAAAUGUCUACUUGGGAAAAGAAAUGACUGCAGUUUCUCCAAGCGAAAGGAAACAAGAGUACCGCAAGAGUUAUGGUCCGCGUUAAAGACGCGAGGUCGGCUCCGUAACGAAGACAAACGACGAGGCGAGACAACAGAGGAGCGUUUUAUAUUGUCUGUCCUGCGCUUCAUCAAGCCCACAGACCGGGACCACGGGAGACGGAUCCUAUCCCUAACUUUGUUUCUCCUCUCUUAUAAAUUGUCGUACCACUACUCUCUGCUGGAUGCUACACUGCUGACUCCAGUCUGUUGCUGAGACUGUAAAGGCCCAGUGAACAGCAUCGGAGAAUGGCUGCAGUGGAAAAUGACAAGGAGCUGAGCGACUUGCUGGAUUUUAGUGCGAUGUUUGAACCUCCAGUUUCGAAUGGAAAGAAUGGGCCGACGACUCUCGCCAGCAGCCAGUUUGGAGGUCCUGGUGUAGAUGAGAGGAGAGGGUCCAGUCCGUGGGGACCAGCGGAGCAGACUAGUCCAUCUUUCAACCAGGGAAGGGUUUUCGAAGAGGGCCUUUACAGUGAGAGAGAAAGUCUGGCCUCUACCCCGGUAUUUGGACCAGGCAUUGGUGGGAAAGCUGAACGAGGGUCAUACUCAUCAUUUGGGACGCAGCCUGGUUUUAUGCCAAGUGAGAUACCCCUGCCCAGUCCUGAUAGCCUCUCUCCGCCUUCUGCCAAGUCCAAUUCCCAGUUUUAUUCAUCCUACGAGAGAAAGAGACCCGCACAGGACCUCACUGCAAACCCGCAGCCAAAAAAGAUCCGUAAGGUUCCUCCUGGCCUGCCCUCCUCAGUUUACCCCACAGCCACAGGAGAGGAUUUUAAUCGGGACACCACUUGCUUCCCAGCCUCCAAAGCAGGAAAUGUCUACCAAUCAACGUUCUACAUGCAAGAUGCCCACCCGCCCUCUGAUCCUUGGGGCUCUGCCGGGUCGAUGAUUCAGCCUGGAUAUUCUGCCGUGUUGGGGAACUCCCCCCAUCUGGGCCAGCACGGUCCAUUCACUGCCAUCAACCCUCAAGACAGAAUGAAGCGGCAUCCCCUUCCCCUCUCACCCCAAAACUACCCCCUGCAUGGCAGUGAAGUGAACGGAGCUCAUCCCACCAGCUUCCACGCAGGCUCCAGCAGCUUCGGAGUUCCCAGCCACACACCCCCCAUCGCUGGCACUGAAACGAUUAUGGCAAAUCGGGGUGCUGUACCAGGAAGUUCGGGUGAUGAGAUUGGAAAAGCCCUGGCAUCAAUUUAUCCUUCAGACCCCAAUAGUAACGCUUUCCCUCCAUCACCGUCUACUCCCUCCGGCUCACCACAGGCUGUAUCAGGUUGUGCAUCACAGUGGACUCGGUCCUCAGGCCAGGCCACCCCUUCACCUAACUUUGAGGGAGGAAUUCAGUCCAUGCAGAGUAAACUGGAGGACCGUCUGGAAGAAGCCAUCAAUGUCCUUCAGCGGCACGCCAGCGGACAGGGAGGGCCGGGACUUGCAGAAAUGAACAGCCUGUUGUCGGCUGGCUUAGGGAUCGCACCGGGUUUCAACAGUGCAGCUCUCGGAUUGGCCAGUCGUCUGCAAGGACUGGUUUCCAGCCACCUUGAAGAUUCAGUUGGUCUGCCCUCUGGUGGAGGAGUUUUGCAUCACGGCCCUGCAUCUGUUCAUUCAGGCUCUCAGCCAGAUGGUUUUACAGGCCUGCCUGGAAGCGGGAAUCGUUUCGGUGGCACAGCUAUCAAGCGAGAAGAGAGAGAGGACGAUGAGAAUUGCUCAAUUACAGACAAGUCAGAGGACGACAGAAAAGAUCUGAAGGCUCGUCUUCGAACAAGUAGUCUGGAUGAUGAGGAUGACGACGAAGAUCUGCCGGUGGAGAUAAAGGCCGAGCGGGAGAAAGCACGGAGCCUCGUCUCUUUGACCGACGAGAACCUGACUGCGGAGGAGAAGGAGCAGAAGGAGCGCGAUCGCCGCCUAGCUAACAAUGCCAGGGAGAGAGUGCGAGUUCGCGACAUAAACGAAGCCUUCAGAGAGCUGGGCAGGAUGUGUCAGGUCCACCUGCAGAGCGACAAGGCCCAGACCAAGCUCAUCAUCCUGCAGCAGGCUGUCCAGGUCAUCCUGAGCCUGGAGAAGCAGGUGCGAGAGCGUAAUUUAAACCCAAAAGCCGCCUGCCUCAAGAGGCGAGAGGAGGAGAAAGUUUCAGGGCUGGAGCACCAGCUGCAGCUGGGCGGGGGUCACCCUUCUCUAGGAGGGGACGGGCAUAACCCCAUGAGCCAUAUGUAAAACUCAGUCCCUGUUGAUUGUCCAGCCCUACGAACAAACAUGUGGCCUUAUCGAUCGUUGUCGUCCAUCUCUGUGUGUGAUAAUCACGCAAACACCUCAUUACUGACAAAAUAGGUGGCCACAUUCCUGACGAUGAGAACAAUUACAAGAAGCACACGGGAUACAGUGAAAGAAUACAACUUUAUUGACUUUUACGUGACAGCACUUGGAACUGAACACACAGCUUUUGGAGACAGUGGAUAAUGGACAACAAAAUGCUCUUAUGAUAAUGUUUGUGGAUUUUUCAGGACAUUGUCAAAAAUUGCUUUACACAUCUGGAGCAAAACCUGUUUGGAUCAAAAAACACUUUUGGAUCAAUUGCUCUGAGUGAAGUUGAGCUUUUUCUUGUUGAGUAGUUAUUGGCAUUCCUGUCAAAAAGAGGUUUUACAUGCUUCACAAGUUGAGAGGGGUGAUUUAUACACCUGACGAUUGAACAAAAAUCUGUUUAAUCACGCCUUUAUCACACCUCAUGUGUAGUGUUUGGUCACGAUGGCUGAACAACAGAAAAAUGAAGAGACUCUGCCUUGGAACAGCAUUCAAACCCUGUGAACUUCUUCACAUUUUGUCACUUUGGAACCACAUUGUUUUGUUGAGAUUUUACGUGAGACUAAAGGAAAUUGGAAUUUUUUCCAAGAAAUAUGCAGAGGUGGGUAGAGUUGCCAAAAAUUGUUCUCAAGCAUGACUUCAAUAGUGUUUUUUUACUUAAGUUGAAGUAAAAAGUAGUCAACCAAAUUUGGUAAUUUGGUAAAAAGACUAGUUGGGUACUGAGUACUUUAAUAAUAAUGUUAAAUCUAAUUUAAGUUGUGAAAGGAUUUAAUAACCAUACAGAAAAAAAAACAAAAAACGUGACGGAUUUAUUUUUUAUAAUAAAGUAAACAAAAUUAAGAAAAGUCAAUCAUAUUACUACAAAAUAACAAAUUUUGUAGUAAUAUUUUUCUGCCUGUAUUUCUUCCAGGCAGAAAGAAAUACAGUAUUUCAAAUGUCAGUUUUCCACAACCUUACACUUUUGAAACAAAUAGUUUAUGAUAUAUUACAGCUGGUAAUGUAUGGACCCUUUCAAUAAAUUUAUUAGAUUUUUUUUCCCCACGUUAUUCAGUAACCCACAAUAGAUACAGACUCAUAUGUUCGAGCCUUUAUUUAUGUUAAUUAUGGUGAUUUUUUCUCUUACAGCUGAUAAAAACACGACAUUUUAGAUUAGAAUAUUACAUCCGAGCAAUAAAAACAAUAACACAGACUUAAUGAACUUUCAUAAUCUGACAAACGAGCCUUAUCGCAACACACUAUCUAAUUUAUAAAAUAUGACUCUAUACAUGUUAGACCAGUGAAAAGUACUUCCAGUGACGAUACCAACCUACAUGUGGAGGCUGACUGCUUUGCUAUUUUCCUUUGUAAAUCAACUAUUUGCACUACUAACAUUGCUAUUCUAUAAAAUCCAAAAACAAUACCCUGAAGUUUGUGAUUGCUGAGUGACAAAAUGGGGAACAAGUUCAAGGGGACUAAAUACUUUUCCAGGGCAUUGUACCUGAUUUGUCAGAAAAACUGGCUUCUUUUUCUGUUGCUGUUUCGGACUCUUUUUCUGAACUUUAUUUCAGUGGCUGAGAAGGUUGCCAGAGUCGCUGACUGUGCACUGGGACUUUGGGUUACUUUUGUUUUCUUGGCCCAGAACUGUGGAGCCCAGAAUCUUUAAUCUCUUUAAGUCGUGUACAUCUGUUAGUCACUGCCAUGCAAGUGGAAUGGAAAGACUGCCAGAGAGAGGCCCACCACAGACGCAAACACACGGAGGUUGAUGUAGGUUUGGUUUAGACGUCGGACCCAAGCGUCCUUCAUCACUCUAAAGCCAGCCGCAUCAUCCUGCACACAUCAUAACCUACAUGAGGUCACUGUUACGACAUGGUGAACUCAUUUAAGUCUCAGAGCAGCUUGUGUUGUGAUUAAUAACAUUUUGCUUGUAGACAAUUUGCUAAGUAUUGAAAGGGAUCAUGAGUGUUAACCUGCUACCUUUUAAGACAAUUUCUUCUUUUGCCAUUGACUGACAUGUUUUGGUUGCUCUUGUGUUGAGCGUUGGGUGUUCUCAACACCACUGCUCCGGCCCCCUUAUUGAACAAUUAUGAGGCCUGUUCUAAGGAUCUUCCUGUUGUAGAGUUCAUACUAUAUCUUUGUUUUUGUAUUUUAUUUUUUACGUUGUAAUAUAGUCGUUUUGUUCGGAAUGCUCUUUCCUUUUUGUUUACGUUGUUUUAAUGUAAGACAACUAAGUUUAGAUUCCACGAACAAAGUGAGGUUUUAUGUUUUUUUUUACUUUGGUGCCAGGUGCUUGGAGAUGUUAGCGAAGACAAAUUAUCCCUCUGUUACAUCACAUGUUGUGAUAUUGGUCCAUUUUUUUUAAGUAUACGCUUGUUUGAAAUCACCAAACCUUGUUGGCGAGGUGUAAUUUGCAAAAGUUUUUUUUUAUUUUUUAUUUUGAACAAGAAAUGACUGAUUUCUUUCUUUUGCACACCUCCCUCUUCCCUAAUAUUCAGCUUUACAAUGAGCUUGUUGAUUAAUGUGAUGCAGUGGUAGGGGGGCUGCAACAAAAUUCAGUUCAUUAUGAAAAGAAAUCCUCAAAUAGAUAAAAAAAAAAAAAAAAAGUGGCCUUAGCCAUUUUCCUGACUUCAGGAGCUUGGAUAAUGGUUACUCACCAGUGCCUCAUUGCAUCCCAGUGGAUGAUGUUACUUUCAAGGUUUUAUAACUCGUAUCUUCUUGCAAUAAAAAUUAAUACUUUAGUAACAUCUGUCAUGUGAGGUAUUACACUUGACACUGACUUUGGUGUGUAAUGAGAUGUUACCUGACUAGUAACAUAAUCUACAACUUUGAAGCUGAAAAUUGUAUCGAAAUCUCUCCUCUUUCACGUUCUGAUGUUGCUAAGAUUUUUGCCUUAGACCUGGCAUGUGCAUUGAUGUUUGUGUACAGCUGCAAGAUGUACCCAUGUCAACUUUAUCACUGGAAGCCGACACUGACAGGGAACAGUAUUUGUCAUGUUGUCACUCAUCCCGCCCUGUGGACGAGCCUCUUUUACUCAAAUAUUUCCCAAGGGAAAAAAAAAGACUUUGUAUAAUUUGGAAAACCAUUUUAAAGAUUUUCUUUUGUCAGUGGAUAUUUCUGUAGUAACCUUGUCUCAAAAUGUACAAUUGAUAUGUUUGUUAACAGACCCUGUCUGUCCUCAGUGAACAAUGACCUGCCACAGAUUUCUGUCUUCUCAUAUUUGGGGACAUUAUCUACGUAGGCUAUGUCCUCAAAGUGCCUCCAGUUUCCUAUUUUUUAUAUAUAAAGUAGAUAUUGAGAGCUGUUGUGUAUAUAACAGUGAUGUAGCAAUAAAUGUGCCAUUUUUAAUAACA